AUGGACGACCUCUCCCCGGUGCUCGCGUCGACCUCCCUAUACGCCCCGGCAUCGCGCCUCCCGCCCUCCCAGAAAGCCGACAUCAUUGCUGCCGCCGAAUCAUUCGUCGAAUCCGCCUUUGCGCAUCACGAUCCCUCGCACGACUAUCACCACGUGCAUCGCGUUCGUCUACUCGCACUGUCCCUCACACGGUCCCCUGAAGCUGGAGCCGUCGACAAACUGGUCGUUGAGCUCGGGGCGCUCUUUCAUGAUCUCACCGAUGCCAAAUACUCUUCCUCUACAACGCCUUCUUCGGUGCUGGCGCCAUUUUGGGCCGAUCCCGUGUGUUCCGGUGUGACGCGAGGGCAGAGAGAGUCAGUAGAGCACAUCGUAUCCAACGUCAGCUGGAGUAAGGACGAACGUCGACGUCGAACCCCACCCCAUCAUCGCACCGAACACGACACGCAGCUCCAGUCCUGGCUGGACAGCUGUAGAGAAUUCCACUGCGUCUCCGAUGCGGAUCGUCUCGACGCCAUCGGCUCCAUUGGGGUGCUUAGGUGCGCUGCCUACAGCGCCAAAGUCAACAGACCACUCUACGUCCCUCCCAACAAUCCCACCGACAACCCUGUGCCCCCCGCCGAGCAGGCAGAAGGGUAUAACGGCAGUGCCGUCGGUCAUUUCUAUGAAAAGCUGCUCAAGAUCAGAGGUGAUAGGCUCUAUACGAUCGCAGGCAGGAAUGAGGCGGAAAGGAGGCAGGGAGCGAUGAGGGCUUUUUUGGACGAGCUGGAUCUGGAGUGGCUGGUGGGGAAGCAGGGGAGUGAGAUGGCGUUGUUGGAGGAUGAAGAGGAGGAGGAGGGGGAGGAGUUUCAUGAGGAGCAAGGGACAAAUGGGGUUCAGGCAUAG